AUGCAUGCAGCUCCGCCUGCCAGCGUGGCAGUUCCCGGGGGCUCCGGGUCUGUGGUGGUGCGCAGAGUGGUGGCUUCAGACAACAGCUGCCUCUUCAACGCUGUCGGAUAUGUGGUCGAACGCAGCCGCGACAAGGCCAGCCACCUCAGGCGAGUCAUCGCAGAGACGGUGGCAGGGGAUCCGGAGGAGUAUUCAGAGGCGUUCCUGGGCAAGCCUAAUAAGGAGUAUUGCGCCUGGAUCAAAGACCCCCAGAAAUGGGGGGGCGCCAUCGAGCUCUCCAUACUGUCCAGGUAUUUCGGCCGCGAGAUAGCGGCGUACGAUGUGCAGACCAAGCGCUGCGACGUGUACGGGCAGGACGCUGGCUACGAGGAGCGAGUUAUGCUCAUCUAUGAUGGCCUGCACUACGAUGCUUUGGCUGUUGCUGCGUUCGAGGGUGCUCCAGAGGACGUGGACAUUACAAUGUUUGACACGCACGGCUCCGAGGCUGACAGCAUCGGCCGAGCGGCGGCCGAGCUCGUGGCAAAGUCCCACGAAGCACGCCAGUUCACGGACACGGCGAAUUUCACGCUGCGGUGCGGGGUGUGCCAGCUGGGGGUCAAGGGCGAGAAGGAGGCCCUGGAGCACGCCAAAGCCACCGGCCACCAGAACUUUGGCGAGUACUGA